AUGGCACUCCUUCCAACCACAUUCCUUACGCCUCUCCUGGCACUCUUGUCCCUCUACGCAGCCCAAAAGUCAUACAUUGCCAUCACCAAUCUCCAACAGUACGAAGAGCGCACGGAAAGGGCUGCAAAGCACCUUGACAAGGCAGCGCACGAUCUGUACAAGACUCGAGUCACCCAAGCAAGUGGGGCCGCCGCAAUAGCGCUCUCCCUCAUAAGCUCCGUUGUGCUAUUUUUCAAUCCCAAUGUCUCGCCAAUCGUAGCGUUAGCCAACAUCGCUACCACGGCGGCUGCGUACAUGCACAUCACGGGGUUCUGGAAGGCGAAGGCUCAGGUACCCUUUGUCACUGGCUUCAAUGAGGGAAUUAGGAAGAGCAAUGAUCUGAGGCGUUUACUUGUGUCAUUGGGUGUCGGGUGGACAUUUACCGGGGCGGUAGGGUAUCUAUGGGCAUGA